CAAGAAAACGUCAUCGGCAUUACGGAAAACUGAAAUUGCGCGCGACGUCGUCGACCGGGGAGUCAGGGAGUGACCCUGCGCUCACGGCUACGUGCAAAGCUGUGCUCGGUACAGCAGUACAAAGUCGGUCUGACAUUUGGUCCAGCGGAACAAAACGGAGUUCUGAAUCGCGGGUUUAGGCCAAAUAGACCUAAUCUCGACUUGUCGUCAGCUGUUGUGCAUCAGUAACGUCACCAGGUUGAAAAUGGCUUCCUUACCAACCGUUCUGCAAGGGAAACCUGUCAAUGAAGCCAUUAAACCACUCCUCUGGCUGCUAGGAAAAUGGGAAUCUUCAGAAGGGAAUGGGUCCUUCCCCUCCAUCUCACCAUUUAAAUAUGGUGAACGGAUUGAAUUUUACUCACUAGGUCAGCCAAUGGUUAACUACUCGUCCUUCACAUGGCAUCUCGAGAAGAAAAACCCUAUGCAUCUUGAGUCAGGCUUCUUACGAAUUAACCCAGGAACUCAGCAAGUGGCUUUCAUGCUAGCACAUAAUUUUGGCCUGACAACAGUGGAAGAGGGUGAAGUUGUUGACCACAAGAUAACUUUGACUUCUAAAUCUGUUUCAAGAAUGUCCUGGGCCAAAGGUCCAUCUGUCACAAAAAUUUCACGUAAUUUCUCACUUAUAGAUGAUAAUACUCUGGAACAAGUAGUAUUCAUGGAAACUGCAAAUACUCCUCUUUGUGAACAUCUUAAAAUUGUGUACAACAGAGUGUCAUAAUUUUUGAGGUAUGUAAUGGUUAAUCAUAAUAAAUAGACAAAAUUUGAUAA